UUGAAGAUAUCAUAAAUAUCAAUGAUGGAACAAUACCCAAUGGGUUCUGCAUAUACACGGACGGAUCAAAAUCAGACGCAGGAGUGGGGUGUUCAGUGGUGGUCACAAAAAACAAUAAAAGCAUUUAUCAGGCAAGGUACAAACUUGGGAGUCAUUGCACGGCCAACCAAGCCGAAUCACUUGCAAUUCUCAGGGCGCUAAUGUGGACCAAAGAAAACUGGGAAAAGAAUAAAAUUACACACAUCACAAUUCUAAGUGAUAGCAGAGUAGCCUUGAUGCAAAUUAAAAAGAUGAACACUAAACUAACGGCUGUUACGGAAAUUCUUGAAAUACUGAAAUACCUGAGGAACAAUAUUCAAAUAAAUCUCAAUUGGGUAAAAGGUCAUGCUGAAAUUAAGGGAAACGAGAGAGCAGACCUUUUGGCUCGCUCAGCCCCUUACUGGCUAAAUAAUACCAUAUUCAACUACACCCCCACAUCAUGGCUUAAAAGAAUUAUCAGAGAAAAUAUUUGGAAAAAAUGGCAAAAGCGAUGGAAUGAGAGCAAUACUGGCAGGAUAACACAUGGAUUUAUUCCAGAUGUUCAAACACGAAACAAAAAUAAACACCUGGCUCCCAACUUCAUGAUUACACAAAUGAUAACUGGGCAUGGAAAUUUUAAUAAUUAUCUUAAAAGAUUCUUAAAUAAAACAAAUGGUAUAUGCCAAUGUACACUCCAGGAAAUUGACUCUCCGGAACACAUAAUCUACCAUUGCCCAAAUUACUCCACACAAAGGAAGCAGCUAAAGGAAACUGUUUAUAGGGAGAACGAGAACUGGCCAUGUAAAUUAAAUCAGCUAAUUAAUAACAAGAAUAUCUACAAGGCUUUUAAGGUUUUUACCAAAAAAAUAGGCAUAUUGAACUGAGUACAGGACCAGCGUAAAUGGCUACAAGAGGUAGUCUUUUCUACGGUUCUUCAGGGGGAUACGAAUAUGUACGGGUAUAUAAAUUGUUCUUUGGCUAACUGUAACCAACUAGCCACGCGAGCACAAAGAUUGUGCUCUUUCAGCACGUGUAUUUAAAUUGUUUAUCUAGAUGCAUCUCAUUACAAGCAUGAAUGGUUGUAUCUUUAGACUACUGUAUCCUGUAUAUAUUUGUACAUUCUGUAUGUAACUUUUUAAUUUUGGUCAAUAAAUCUUGCGUCGGGGGCCCGGUGCAGUCGCGACGGGAUCCCAUGAACAUCUUAUCUUUUAUCUUUCCUAUCUUCCUUUAAUUUCACCUUCGCCUA